AUCUAUUGCAGAUAAUAGAGUGGUUCCAGUCUUCUAGAUAGGGAUAUAGUACUGAGUUGACUCAGCUACGGUACAAUGUUCAGCAAUGGCGGUAGUUUCCUCCUCGCUCGCCGCCGCCGCCAACAGCCACCUGAAUCGGCUCUCCGGUCUGCGGAAAUCAUUUUUCAAGCUCGACAGUUCGAAUUCGAACUCAACUCAAUCGAUUUUCCAAAUUGUCGACGCUCAUGUCCGCCUCGCCCCCACGAGUAAAGUCUGCCGUGGCGUCGUCGCCAUGGCUGGCUCCGGAAAAGUGUCCUCAUUUCAUCUUUGUAUUUUGGAUGUAGUUGUAGCGCCUCCUUUUGUUUACAUUGAUCAAGUGAAGAACUCGUUAGUCGAUCGGAUAGAGAUAGCUGCUCAGAAUUGUUGGACUGGAAAAGGUGGUGGUUUUACUGGAGAAAUUAGGUGGGUGCGUAGAACACUGAAGGACCUUGGUUGCAAGUGGGUUGUUCUGGGGCAUUCUGAGAGGAGACAUUUAAUCGGGGAAGGUGACCAAUUCAUUGGUAAGAAGGCUGCAUAUGCCUUGAGCGAGGGUCUUGGAGUAAUAGCCUGCAUUGGCGAGUUGUUGGAAGAGAGAGAAGCUGGGAAAACUUUUGAUGUAUAUGCUGUCCCAAGUUGGGAUAACAUUGUUGUUGCCUAUGAGCCUGUAUGGGCUAUUGGAACCGGUAAGGUGACCUCACCCGAGCAGGCUCAGGAAGUGCACGUUGCUGUUCGUGAUUGGUUGAGUAAGAACGUGCUAGAGAUGAAACCCAAGAGAACCAAUGGUAAGAGAAACACAAAAAGGGCUCAAAACAAAAGGAAGAGAUUGGAGCAAAAGAGAAAGGAGCAAAAGUCACGGUUCUGGCACGUUGAUUGCUAG